CGUGGCGGUCUUUCCUGCCCUGCCGUAUCCACAAGUCAGUUUGACUGUGUAUUUCAGGCGAGGAAAGCGCUUGGGAGGUUACGAGAGGCGUGUUUGCUGUGUGGAGCACCUUAGAAGGUUACGAGAAGCGGCUGGAGGACUCUAACGUUGGGCGGACGGACCACGUGGCAUCCAGGCGGGCUUCUGGCGCGCCCAUCCACGUAGUUAAGUACAGUUCUUGCCUAGGAUAAUUUAAUCCAGUUAUCUAUGUGGCUGUAUGCCUGGAAUUAAUUAAUAUUCAUUAUUUCCAGCGAGUUUUCCUUGUUGAGUUAAAUAAACUUAAGAGCAGGUUCAUCUGGUCUUUGCUUAUCCUAUGAGGGUGUGAUUGGUCAAAAAUAAGUGACUAGAAGGGGGCUGUGAGUCUGAGAACUCAAUUCUCAGAUAAUUUAUUAUAUAUUUAUAUUGCUGUGUACAUCGAGAUCUUCAGAAGUCCAGACCUUUUUCAAGAACCCCACAUAGCAGUAGUAAUAGUAAUAGUAGUAGUAGCAGAAGCAGCAGUCGGAGCAGCACCAGCAAUAUUAUUAUCAUUAGCAUCGGCAGCAGCAUUACCCUUGCACGGCUGGUAAUGUCGUUUCAGAACCUGUCCGUCCUGCUGCUGGUGACGCUGGAGGUGGCGGGCGUGGCCUGGGUGUACGGGCUGCGCCGCCUCGCUGCCGACAUACACUUCAUGCUGGGCCGCUCCACGGGGGUGCUGUGGAAGGCGAGCUGGCUGCUGGUCAACCCGCUGUUCCUCGCCGGCGUCCUCGUGUACAGCCAGACGCAGGCCACCGUGCUCUCCUACGGCGACUACGUCUUCGGCACCAAGGAAACGGCGGUGGGCGUGGUGUUGUCCCUGGUGCCGGUGCUGCUGGUGCCCGUGCUGUUCCUGGUGGAGGUGGUCCGCAGGUACAAGGCGUCGGGGCAGCUGAUGCACACCCUCACCAACGUCUUCGCCGCCUCCCACAAGUGGGGGCCGAGGGACGUGAAGCUCAGGCAGGAAUACGACAUCUACCUGGAAGACCAGCUGGGGGUGAAGCGCUGACCGUAACCCUGGAGACCAUCAGCUGCAGGUCGGCCGCCAAACAUAUGUAUAGACCUUGUAUAGUCUGACACGGGUCGUAUUCUUUAGCAUUUCGAGUCCCAGGCACACUCAUUAGUCACGGUUUUCAUAGGCGUUGUGUGCAUUGCAUGGGGUAGUUUUAUGGCCCUGGUGGUAGUCUGACUCUUCCUCUGUACCGUGAACCUAAAAUACAACUCAUAAGAACCCGACUGAUUACCUUUUUGGCCACUUAAAUUAAUUUAUGUGAGUCUGAAGAGUCAGAUAAUACGGACCUCAAAUAUGUCCGUUUGGGUGGGGUCCCGCGCCUCACCCCAGCUCUGCCACAUCACCCCCAAUACGUCACACACUCAUUUAUCAGAUAUUCACUAUUAAAAGUUGUGUGUUAAAUAUUCAGUAUAUAUUAAAUAAGGCUAUAUAGUGCUUUGAAUGUGUUGCGCUUCAGGAUAACAACAAUGAACUGUAUAAAUUCCUUAACACAUGGCAACGUUGCUCUUCUGAUGUUGCCAGUUCUCAACAAUACCAAUGGUCAUAUUCCUAAAUAUUUCCGCUGCCAAACAUAUUUGACAAGGCUUUCCCAGAAAUUCUGGACAUGUUCAAGGAUAGCUUUAUGACCCUGGUGGCAGUGUGACCCUUCUUCUGUACCGUGAAACUGAAAGACACUCAUGAGAACCCGACUGAUCUCUUCGGCCUUUAGAAAUAGUUGAUGUGAGGGAUGGAAGCGUCUGGCAACACCGACCUGUGUUUCCACCUUCAAGGGUAUGUUUGGCAAAGCUGUGGCGAGGAUAUCCCCGCGCGCUCCUCCCCAAAAACGAACUUCAUAGCUGAGUCAGACUUCAGUAUUUUUGCACCAUCGAGUCUUUUUUUAUGUCUCGUAUUCUCUUACAUUCUACCGUAGAUUUUUCCGUAAUGUCUUGAAUAAAAACCUCAUCAAAAUGUUUCAGCAGAGCUGCUUAAUAUAUUGUCAUAAGGUAAAGACUUGCACUCUAAUGAGUUGAUUUCCUUUCUCAAUAUCAUAUUUUGUGUAUCAAUAACAAAAUUACUCCUAGACAUCCCUUCUCUUUGAAUAAUAAUAUGUAUUAUUUGAACAAAGGUCAUUGCAAACUGUUUCAGCACUUUGUAGCACGACUUUACAUUAUUCAUGUCGUUAGAAUGAACAUUUUAAGAUAUGCUGCAUAAGGAUACUCAUACCCAUGUUGCUGCCACACACAUAGAUAAUUUGCAUUAAUCUACUUCAUCCUUGACACUAGCAGAGUUUGUAUUCCCAAGAAACUUUGAGGAAGCCCAACAGAAAACGAAAGUUUUGCGAUACUCAGCCAUCAACAACAACAGCUCAAACCGAGUUGCUGGCCGAGCAGUUAAAAAUGGUGAUAGUGCAACAAGAAUGCGAGAGGGAGCGAACCGCUGAAGCCGUGAAGCUGCUUCAGGUGCAGCAAGGAUGAGAGAGAGAGAGAGAGAGAGAGAGAGAGAGAGAGAGAGAGAGAGAGCAGCAGAGCAGGUGAAGGUGCUGAACUUGAGGGAAGAGGCAGAACACCUGAAGAUCCUUCUCCUUCAACAACAACUAAAAAUAGGAAUGUGUAUAAUACCAAAUAAAAGAACACGGUGUAAUUGUUUUUAUUUCAUUUUAUUUAUUCUAGACCAUAAAGAGGUUCAUUAAUGAUGCAAUGUAUUCAAAACUCGGACCAUUUUCAUAACUGCUUUUCAGAUAAACUUAUCACAGUUUAAGUUUAUGUGGUUAGUGUGCCUUUGCUGAAUAACCUUCAAAUCUUUCCUUUCUAAUCAAUGACAUUGCAAAAUAGUUAAAGUUAACUGUGAGAGAAGUGACUAGUGAGAUCAUUUGGGGCAACGAAUGCAAAUAUUCCAUAACUGGAUAGCCUAUUUCUAAAUUUCUCAGCCCAUCAGAGACUAGGUAGUUGGUGUCUAGAAAAGUAUUGUAUACAGUCCGAAUGCCUUCCACAUGAUCUAAAGAAGCAUAAUUUAGAAAGAAAAAUGUUAGUGUUUUAAUGUCACAAAACAAGAUUGUCCAUACAUAAAACUUCUAUCUUACAUUCCGAGAAAUGUUUUUAUAUACACAGAUAUACACAUACUGCUACACACAGAUAAUUUGCAUUAACCCUUGAUUGCCUCUGUGGUGUAGUGGUCAGCGUGCCUGGCUACUACUCAGUGGGCCAGUUUUCGAAUCCCGGUCCAGGCAGCCAGCAUGCAGCUCACCUAGCUGUUCAUUCUCUUGCAUAGGCUCAGGACUCUCAAAAGUACUCCCUGAUGAUCUGUUUCCGAUUAAAGCGACCCUGCAGUGCUUCAUUAUUACCAUGCCUUGCCCUCCUCAUUAUUACCCUUCAUUAUUACCAUGCCUAGCCCUCCUCGCUCAUGUGUGGGGAAGGUUACGUGGUUUACCAGACCCUGCACCGUCAGUAAGUUAUCGAAGGCUCCCUGCUCCAGGUGGAAGUUUAGAUCUCCCACCACCAUCACGUGGGAACACUGGUGACGCAGGAGCAGGGUGUUGAGCUCCUCCGUCAGGCAAUCCAGAGGAGUCCGCCCUUGCCUAGGGGGGCGGAACAUGACACAGAGGAGGAGACCACUGUUGUCCGUCAGUGCCACCCUGAAAAAUAGAGCUUCCGUUUGGUGAGGCAGCGUCACCUCGAGCUUCUGUAUAUUUAGGGAGUCCUUAAAGCAGGCAGCCACGCCUCCGCCUGCUCUGUUCUCCCUGUCCUUCCUCACCCAGUGGGAAUA